AUGAAUGAUAAAACAUUGUGCAAGAAUGAAGAUUAUUUGAAUCAAGCAAUUGCUGUUAUUAAACAUAACAAAGAAUUUAGUAAAAGCAUGCUAAAUACUAUUUUUGCAAUUUUGUUUCCUAUUUUAAUCGUUCUUAUCAUUUUUGUGGUUGUUGUUUUAUCAAUAAUUCGUUGCAAGAAACAAAGAAUAACACUUCCAAAGUGUACUAUUGAUCUUUACACUUUAACAAAAAAAGCAGAUGAGUGGGAAAUCAGUCCAGAAUGUAUUGUUUUAGAUAAGAAAAUUGGUAAAGGGGCUUUUGGCACUGUCUUUGUUGCAAAAAUCAAUGUAAAUGUUCUUGCUAAAACAAAAAGUGUUCUUCAAAAACUUGAUUCUUCUUUUCGUGAAAGUAAACAUCUUAAUGUUGCUGUUAAACUUUUAGGAGUUAACUAUAUAUUGUUUUCUAUGUUAUUACAACAAGUGUUUGUUUCUCUUUUCAAAUCAGGAGUAACAGUUGAGUACAAUUUCAAAAAUAAAUCUAAUGAAAAGAAUUGGGUAAAUCAUAAGAAUAUUGUGAAUAUAAUAGGUUGCUCUACAAUAAAAAAACCUUUAUGUUUGAUUGUUGAGUUUAUGGAGAAUGGAGAUUUGUUACAUUAUUUAAGAAAUAAGCGCAACAAAGUUUGCUUGCCUCAAGUCGAUUCAGGAUUAUCUAUUGGCGAAAGAGAUUAUAGAGAAUCAACAUUAGGCUUUCCAAAUUAUGAAAAAUCCUUUGAGGCAACAUCAACAAAUGAAAAUACUAAAUCUGAACUAAUAAAUUUUAAAUAUGAUUUAACAAUAAAUGAUGAAUAUUUAAAUGAAUAACACAAUGAUUUACAACACAAGAUGUUGAUAACACAAGAUGAUUUACUUAGUUUUGCAUGGCAAGUGGCUUCAGGAAUGGAAUAUCUUUCUACUUUAAAAUUGGUACAUCGAGAUCUUGCUGCUAGAAAUGUAUUGAUUGGCACUAAUAAUAAUGUUAAAGUAUCCGAUUUUGGUCUGACAAGAAAUGUAAGUGAUGACUUAAUAUAUAUGAGCAAAAAAACUCAUCGUUUGCCGGUCAAAUGGAUGUCAAUCGAAGCUUUAUCUAAUCAACUGUUUACGACAUAUAGUGACGUGUGGUCUUAUGGCGUUGUUUUGUUUGAAAUUGUUACACUUGAUAUGAUGUUAUGUUGCACUGUUGGAAUGAAGAUCCAUUGCAGCGACCAAAUUUUACAGAGUUACGUGAACACCUUGAAAAUAUUAUAUCUCAAGAAGAUUAUUACUUUAGCUUUGAAAUCAACGAAGAAAACGCUUAUUAUAACAUUUCUUCCUUCAAAAGUCUUUCACCAGAAACAAGUAACGAUUUUUUGCCACAAGAGUUAUUUCAAGAUGAAAUCCGUGGAUGAAUUGAAUAAUAAUGCCACGUACAUUAUAAACAUUUAUUUAUCUUACGGAUGCAGGUGUAAACUAAUAAUUUUAUAAAUAUGUAAGUUAUAAAUUUAGAAAAUUAUAUCUUUUCACCCCAGAUGGUCUUGCUUGUUA